CUUUCUUCAUUCUCAAACACCCAACGCACUGAAAUUUGAGUUCAUGAUAAUGACAGCUAUAUCUCAAUCUGUAACUAUAUUUAUUUGUAUGUUUACUAUCCCACCGCUCCGCUAGGACUAGAGGAAACUACACCCAAGAUGAGCUGCUUCGCAAAAGUCCCAGCGAAGGCAUUUUUGGGUUCCCGAAUCCUUUGACGGAACAACAAAAUCCGUGGAGUCUCAACGAAGCCAAAUUCGAAGGAAUGGGUUUCAUAUCUGAAGAGCUUUGGGUCUCGAAAGCGUUCCCACGCGGUUUCAAUCGCCAUCAACGUUGAGAUAAUGGACAGACUCCAUGAUCAGUCCAAAGGCCUAGCAUGCCAAGGGCCUCAUUCCAAAGGCACGCGUUCUCACCGGCAACACAAUGGGAACACAGCAAUUUUAAACUCAGCCUCAGUUCUGCACUGACCCUGCGGCUUACCCUCUCAUAUAGUAGCUUUUUUCCCAUUUGUAGGGGUGAGAAAUUAGCUCUCAUCCAAUCCAACGAUUGGCUCUGAACCCCAACCCAAUCGUUUUUCUCAUUUAAGCGCGGCAGUAUCGGGUGUCGAAUCCUUCUCAGCCACCUCAGCUUCCCCUUCCUCCUUUAGUGAGGAUGGUACCCGACGGACGCUCCCUCUUCUUUAAAGUUCGACAGGUCCCUCGCUCCACAAUUUAAUUGAUACCACAACUCCCACCCAAUUCUUGGCCUGUUGCUUCCACUGCCCGUCUAACCUUCUCCAUGGCCUCAACUCUCCGCGCAGUCACUCUUGUCGCCUGCCUAUUGUCGCAGGUUCAACACGUUCAGUCGAAAAUAUGCUACGAGUCUAAUGGCUUUGAAAGUACGAGUUACUAUGAUUGUGCACCCGACGCCGCCGUGAGCGCGUGCUGCCGACCGGGUGAUAUCUGCUACACCAAUGGGCUCUGCCAUCCUGGCCCCGAUGCAGAGCAAGGAAUAACUCCUUGGUACUGGCACGGUUGCACUGAUCCCACGUUCCAAGACCCGAGUUGCUUCUCUGCUUGCUUUGCUGUUACUGGCGACGGCGUGUAUAGUUGCCCAAAUCAAGGCCCGAACAAAUGGUGUUGCUACGGCCUUGGAGGAUGUGAUUGCAAUAACUCUACCCAAGUUGUGUCGGCUCUGGCUGGUAGUAUCAUUACUACUAUCGAUUUUGGGGUCACAUCCAUCUCAAGUACGAAGACUACGAAGACUACAGCGACAACAACUCCAACCAGCGACUCUACAACCACAACAACAACACCCCCAACAACAACCGCCGGAAAGGAAACAACGACGGACGGAGGGGCAGCAGCAGGGGAAACAACAGGGCAAACAGCAGGAACUACGCCCACUGAAACGCCAACUUCGGAAAAGAGCAAAAGCAAUGCUCUCCCAAUUGGUGUUGGUGUCGGAGUUGGUGGCGCAGCUGCGAUCGCGAUAGCCGGCCUAAUAUUCUUCUUCAUGCGCCGUCGAAAGCAGCAAGUAGCAGCAGCCCAGAUGAUUGGCCCAGAACCAAAAUACACCGCUGCUGCACAGGUGCCGCAGUAUGAAAUGCCUGCGAGGGGGGGGAAUGCUUCUGAACUACCCGCUGCGCCUCAUCCAAUAGAGUACUACCAGGAAUUGCCUGCGGAACGGUGAUUGGUAUGAUAACGAAGGACAAUUACAUGUACAUAUGGAGUUACGGGUGUGCUUAGCGAUUUAGCAACUAUUUGGUAUUUCCCUG